UGUUCCUCUUUCUGUGGAGCUGCUGUUGUGACAACCCCAUGAGAGGGAGGGACAUCCUCUGAGUAACCACACCCUGUGCGUCUGUCUGUCCUGAGAGCUCUGUGCUUUCCUGCAUCUGCACAGCCCAGACCAGAGGAAGGAGAGGCCAUGAUCCCCACCCUCACAAUCCUGCUUUGCCUUGGAUUGAGUGUGGGGCCGAGGACCCGAGUACAGGCAGGGACCCUCCCCAAACCCACCAUCUGGGCUGAGCCAGGCUCUAUGAUCCCCUGGGGGAGCCCUGUGACCAUCUGGUGUCAGGGGACCCUGAAGGCCCAGGAGUUCCGUGUAGAUAAAGAGGGAAGCAAAAUGCCCUGGGACAGACGGAACCCACUGGAGCCCGGGGACAAAGCCACGUUCUCCAUCACACACAUGACAGGGCUCACUGCAGGGAGAUAUCGCUGUUACUAUCUCAGCUCCACCAGCUGGUCAGAGCGCAGUGACCCCCUGGAGCUGGUGGUGACAGGAUUCUACAGCAAACCCAGCCUGUCAGCCCUGCCGAGCCCUGUUGUGACCUCAGGAGGGAACGUGACCCUCCUGUGUGGCUCAUGGGAGACAUUUGACAGGUUCAUUCUGACUAGGGAAGGAGAACACAGCCCCUCCUGGACAAUGGACUCACAGCCACACCGCAGAGGGGAUUCCCAGGCCCUAUUCCCUGUGGGCCCCGUGACCCCCAGCCACAGGUGGUCGUUCAGAUGCUAUGGCUGUUACAGGAACACCCCCCAGGUGUGGUCACUCCCCAGUGACCUCCUGGAGCUCCUGGUCUCAGGACCCUCAGGGGACCCCAAUCCCUCAUUCACUGGACCCACCUCCACAGCUGGCAAGUCCCCGGGUUCACUUUACUCAGAGGGAGCACAGACCACCCCAGCCCCUGCCUCCCAGAAUUACAUGGCGGGGAACUGUAUCCGCAUCGGCCUGGCCGGUGUGGUCUUGCUGAUCCUAGUUGCGAUUCUGGCAGAAGCUGGGCACAGCCAGCUCAUGUCCCCACACAGAACUCAGGAGGGCGCCCACCAGAGAGAUUAGACCCCAGCGUCCCAGGAGGGACCUCCCCAGAGCUCCAAGACUCACACCUGUCACCCGCCUUACCCAGGGGCUCAAACUGCACCUGCCCUGGGCCUCCCUGCACCCCACUUCUUCCCUUCCUGGAAUGGUCUCUGCCUUCCUUGAUCUGUGGUCUCCUCCGGUCCCCAAUGUCUUGGAUCAAAGUCCAGGGAAGGAAACACAAACCAAAGCCCCAGUGAGAUAUCACCUCACACUCAUCAGGAUGAAUGUGGAAAGGAAGUGAAGGAAUCGGAACCCUGGUGCCCUGCUGGUGCGACUGCACGAUGGUGCAGCCACCGGAUGGUGACGUGGCAGCUCCUGAAAACCUGAGCCCAGAAUCACCACACAACUCAGCGAAGGAAUGGCCCACACUCAAAGAAAUGACAGCAGAACCUUGACGUCUGUGCUCUCACGCCCACAGCAGCAGUAUUCAUGAUAGCCAGUGUCAUCACCAGCCUCCUCAAACAUGGGGACGGAAGCAGAUGAUCAGUGUCAGAGUGAUGCCACAUGGGAAGGACAGCCCGGCAGGGGUGGCUUUGAGGACAGAGGAAGGGGCCACAUGUCACAGAAUGCGGGGCCUCUAGAGACUGGAAAGACAAGAAAUGGACUGUCCCCAGGAAGGAACACAGCCCUGCACACACCUGGAUUUCAGCCCAGUGAGGCCCGGUUUGGACUCUGACCUCCAGAACCGUAAGAUAAUAAAGCGUGUUGUGAGAAAUCAUGCUUGUGCUAAUUUGUCACAGCAGAGUAAAGAGUCUCAUACACCUGGCAUCCAACACUCUGUGGUCUCAGGAGGCCCUGCAGGGAAAAUAGCCUUGGUCAGGCUUCCUCCCUGGCCAGCUGCUGGCCCUGACCUGGAGACGUGCCGUUCUGAUGAGAUGGAAAGCAGUGCAGGCGCCGUCCACCUUGCAGACAUACUGUAAAUAACCUUAUGUAAGCACCCUGGCUGUGAGCCACCUUUGUCUCUGUAUGGUAUAAAGGGGACUGGCCAUUUCAUGAGGGGGGCUGUUGAGACAGGACGGGGGCUGCUGGCUGCAUCCUGUGAUGGGGCUGAUUGUGCCCAAUAAGCCUGAGUAAAGUAUGUCUACUUUGCCUUCGGUUCCACGCCUCUUCUUCUAGCUCCCAGAGCCGCGGACCCCUUACCCACUCGGACACGUGGUGCAGUGGGCAGGGUCCUGGCCAGAUAAGAGAGCUGUCCGUCCAGGGACAAGAGGACAUAUGGCCCCACACGGUAUGCGGUAUCCAUUGGCCGCUGUUCUCAGGAGCUGGGCUCCCGUGGAGGGUGGGAAGAUAUGGAUGGUUCUCCGGCCCGCAUAGAAAAGGCCUGACAGGUUUUAACUGAGCAGUUGCUGGAACAGGCGAAAGUCGCUGCCGGCCAUGUGGGCUGGACGUUCCUCACUGCACUUCGUAGCUCCGAAGAGGACAUGCUCGCUGAAGCAGCCUGAA